AUGGAAGCUUUAUCAGUGGACGUGCUUGCAAAGGAGGGAGCGGCGUCGCCGGCCCCGAAGAAGCGGCGGUUGGCGGCUGGGGAGCGUUACGUGCCGCCGCCACGGAAGCGGAGCGUGGGAGUGAGCUUCGGCGCGGCGCACUUCGCCGAGACCUCGUACUACUUCGAGGGGGGGCUGCGCAAGGUGCGGCCCUACUAUUUCGACUUCCGCACCUACUGCAAGGGCCGUUGGGUGGGCCGCAGCCUCCUGCACGUCUUCAGCACCGAGUUCCGCGCCCAGCCCCUCGCCUACUACCGCGCCGCUGCCCGCGCCGGCCGCCUCCGCCUCAACGAGGAACCCGUCAGCGACCUGGAUAUCGUGCUCAAGAAUAAUGAUUAUCUCAGGAAUACAGUGCAUCGCCAUGAGCCACCGGUCACUGCCCAGCCUAUCCAGAUCUUGGUGGAGGAUGAUGAGGUGGUAGUUGUGGACAAACCCUCUUCUUUGCCAGUACAUCCCUGCGGCAGGUUUCGUCACAACACAGUCAUAUUCAUCCUCGGCAAAGAGCAUGAUCUGAAGGAGUUGCACACCAUUCACCGCCUGGAUCGCAUGACCUCAGGAGUGCUUAUGUUUGCCAAGACAGCAGAGGUAUCCAAGAGGAUCGAUGAGCAGGUUCGGGAGAGGCAGCUGGAAAAGGAGUAUGUCUGUCGUGUGGUGGGGGAGUUUCCAGAACACGAAGUGGUCUGUGAAGAGCCCAUACUAGUUGUUUCUUAUAAAGUGGGAGUAUGCCGCGUGGACCCCAAAGGGAAAUUCUGCAAAACCAUCUUCCAGAGGCUCAGUUACAAUGGCAAGACCAGCGUCGUCAAGUGUCUUCCACGUACGGGCCGCACGCACCAGAUCCGGGUCCAUUUGCAGUAUUUGGGGCACCCUAUUGUCAAUGACCCCAUCUAUAACAUGGAAGCCUGGGGCCCUGACAGGGGCAGGGGUGGCAAGAUCGAUAAAACGGAUGAAGAACUCCUUAAGGCGCUGGUAGAGGAGCAUCGUUCCAAGCAAAGCCUGGAUAUCUUGGGUAUUUCAGAGGAGGACUUGAACUCCAGUGCUGAAAAUAAAGACUGUGGUAAUGUGAGUGACUGCACAAAGCCUGCGCAGGCUGAUCCUAUAAAUGAGAAUUGUCCUGCUGAGGACACAAAGGAUUCUGAGAGAAAUGACAUAUCAGCUUGUCCACUGAACUCUGAUACCAACCUGGAAACGCUUGAAAAAAAUAAAGAACUUGAUUCAUGUGAGAAUCAGGAUGGGCAAACGGGAGAAAAUAGUUCAGAAGAGAAGGACCCUUUAUGUGUGGAGUGUAAAAUUACAAGGCGGGACCCAUCUCCCAAGGAGCUGGUGAUGUACCUACACGCACUGCGCUACAAGGGAGCAGAGUUUGAGUAUUGCUCCAAGAUGCCUGAGUGGGCAAUGGAGGACUGGGAGGAAUGACCGAGGAUGUCCAAUGCCUAUGGACAUUGUUGGCCAAGGAAGCAUCUUGUGAAGACCUAAAAUUUACUUUUUCAAUGUGGUUGAGGUGAACGAACUGCCUGUGACCUGAGAUGGGAUGGGGAGUGUUUUUGGAGCUGGAGACUUGUCCUGACUGCCAGUAGAUGCUGUUAAAAUGACUGGGAAGAUGGGGCUACAACGCUGGGUUCAUGCAGCCCUUCAGUGAAUUAGCACUUCAGGGCACCAAACACCACUCGGCACAGGCAGCUUUGCCUUUCACCUCCACGUAUUGGGUCUGCAGCUGAUGGUCCACACAGAUAAUUAAGUGCAUGCACUUAAAAGUCAGCAACUGAUUUUACUUCCCAACUGCUGUGUUGUUGUAUCUUACAGAAAGAGCUGCUGGAAUGUCAUUCAAUAUGCUGGAUGUCAUGUACACAAAACUGUUUUUACAGUAUUUUAUUGUCAGGUAGACUUUAAAACUCAGAACAGUGUAAGGUAAAACCAGAGCACUGUGAAGGUGAUCCAUUUUCUACUUGCUGUUUGUCAGCAAGGUAGACUUUGCCUUGAAAUUGGUCUUUUAGUAUUGGUUCAUAUAAUUAGUUAAAGUUAGUAACUCUAGGGACUGAUCCUUUUAUAUUGGGCCUGGUUUUGGAGGUACUAGUCCCUAGAUUUUGGCUUAAUGAGAUUUAUAUGGAGACUGAUUUAGUAUUUUUUGCCUUUCUGUUCUGCUACCUCCCAUGUGACAUAUGUCCUGACUUAAAAACAUGUGGCUUCUCUUCUGAGAACUGGUCGAUCUUGAUCCCUCAUGCUUCAUUGAAAACAUAUUCAAGCUGGAGCCAAAAUCCAAACUAGAGUUCAGUCUGCCAACUUUUUUUUUUUUUUUAAACCAUACUAUAGGCAGGUUUUUUCUGAUUGGCAUGGAACUGUUUUUAAUAUCACUUCAGUGUGACUAUCAGCUUUAAAGAAAAACAAAAGCUGUUUUAUGAACCAGAAAACUUUUUAAAUAUACAUUUUAUAUUAAUAUGUUUUCAGGAUGAUCAAUAUCACUAUAGUUCUUACUUUCAUCAGUUUUUAUGUGGUUGCUUUUUGGCCUCUGGGAGGAUUAUAUUCUGCUGUCUCAGGUUCUUUUUUUUAUCUUUUUUUUUUCCUCUUUUCUGUAUGUGUCACCAGUGGUAAUGACCAGUUCCAGUGACUGCUGUAGACAAUCAGAAACUUUACCAGGGAAGAACCAUGUUGUCAUGGGACUGUUUGCAGACAUUGGUCUCUAGCCCUGUUGCUCUGUAGCCACCUCUCUCCACACCUAUUCCUGCUAGGACACAUGCAUGGUGUUCUACACAUCUGAAAUAUUAAAGAAGCCUUUUUUUAAAGGUGAAGAAGGGAAUCCAGAGGAGCUGAUAGUGUUCAGCAAGUGUGUCAGCAGCCUUGCUGGAGCGUGGUCUGAGAUCAUCCUUCCUUGUCAUACUGUGCUCCAGGGAGCUCUGGCUGUUUCUCAGCCCCUCAAGAUGUGGUUUUCAUGCAGAUCUUUCAUGACUGGUUUGCCCAUUUCACACAGGUUACUGGAGAACUUGCUGCUUCCCAGGUGUCUGUGUGUGGGACACUGGGCACCUGAGGUUGGUCAGGCCCAUGGGGAUGCCUGUCUUCCUCUUGGCAAGGCUCCUGGAAUCACUUGAUGAUGUUACCAGGAUAUCAGGACUUGUGUACCAAAACAGAAUAAACCGGUGCUUGCUUCUCCCAAUA